AUGACCAGUGGGCAAUCUCAACCCCAGUCACACAUCCUACCAGAACGUACACUCACAGAACACAACCGCCGUCCAGCGUCGCAAACCCAUCCUAUUCACGAAUUUCACGCUACCGGAACACAGGCCUUAUUAACAGUUGCUGACGCACUAAACCGUCGAAAUGUACAAGAAAACAACAUAACACGGCUCUAUGACGGAGAGUCUAACCGUUCAACUUUUCCAUGCGAAGAAUCGAUAAAUUCGAGGUUACCGGUGGCCCCCCACGGUCAGAUUCAAUUCCAGUCGCAUACGAUAGCCCCCUCGCCGCCCUUGCCACAACAUACUCCCGAAGAUCGCUCUUCCUCUCCUGACGAGCCGCCCUAUUCGCCCUCUCCCCUGGGUAGGGGUAGCAACCCUUUUAAUAUCGCAACUGAUGUUCCACCUGCCCCGCCGGCGCGAUCCGAUAGUCUUAACAGCAAUCAGGGCGGUUUUCCGACUUAUCGAUCAAAUUUAGCUCUCCAGAACAAAACUUCAUCUCCGAGUCUGAGACCUGUUUCGAGAACCCCUAGCUUCAAGCGACACUACUCGAGAAGCAUAGGGUCUGCGGCGAGCUCAACAUAUCCCAGCCCAGUCAUCUCUGCUAUGGGUGAUGUGACACCGCUGCCAUCACCAUUACUAGGUAGUGAUUCACCCGGACCUUGGAGACGAGUUGGUUCUCGUCGAUCAUCGUCAGCUCGCGAUUUAUUGCCUCCAAUCAUGACAGACUCGGUGCUGAUAGCUGCUACCGGAGAAUCUGUAGCUUCUGCACUCGCGCAUCAAUCUAAACGAAAGGUCUAUGCAGGACUUAACGUGAGCCACGCGGCCGAAAUCAGCAGCGGCAAGGUUGAACAUAGCCGUAACCGAAGUAUUAGUGAAUACAUUCCGGAUCCAAAGGGAAUACCUAAACGACAGAACACCAUAUCUGGAAAGAUCGACGAGAAGGACGUGGAUAGUGCUUCCGAUUCCCAUCUACGUCGAGAGCCACACCUUUCGGAGAAACGAGGGAUCCUCCCAGUUGCCAAACCCCCGACUCCCCCGCCAAGCGAAUCAUCUCAGAGCAGCGACGGCUCUAAUUCUAAAAAGUCUCGCCAUGAGUACUUCGAAGCCCGUGGCCGAUAUGAUCAGAGGUUAAGGAGGUGGCGUGCUAUUAAGGAGCUAGGUCAAGGAACAUUUAGUCGAGUGAUGUUAGCAACGAGUCAGGUUGCAACCGAAGAUGAUGAUACCAACGGCACAGCGCAGAAUGGCACAACUGGACUUCCUUCGCCGACUACCAACGGCCAUCCACAUCAGAAAACCCUAGUUGCUAUCAAAGUAUGUGAACACGGACCUCGGGGCGGGGCCUCUGAAGAUCGCAUCGAGAUGAGCCUCAAACGAGAGUUGGAUAUUAUGCAGUCAAUAAGUCACCCGUCAUUGGUCCACUUGAAAGCUUGGAGCAUUGAAUCUACCAGGGCGUUAUUGGUUCUAAGUUACUGCCCUGGUGGCGACCUUUUCGAUGUCGCAACGCAAUACAGAGACCAACUAGAACCGGUACUGAUAAGGAGGAUAUUUUCCGAGAUAGUGGGUGCGGUGAUGUACCUCCACGAACGCCGGAUUGUUCACCGGGAUAUCAAACUUGAGAACGUGCUAGUCAAUAUCCCGCCGGCUGAACUAGUCAAACCCGGUCAAGACUGGGCUACUUAUCCAUACUCUAUCAUUACGCUUACUGACCUCGGUCUAUCACGCCGCGUCGCCGAUGACGAGAAGCUAGAGACGCGUUGUGGGUCAGAUGAUUACGCCGCGCCAGAGGUCAUAUUAGGGCAGCCGUACGAUGGGCGCGCCAUCGAUGCCUGGUCACUUGGUGUCUUACUCUACGCCCUAAUCGAAUCCCGACUUCCUUUUGAUCCUCCACCUGGUGCCAGCGACGUGCAGAGAAUGCGGAGCAGAACAAGCCACCGAAUUGCACGAAUAGAAUGGCGAUGGGUUAAAUACUAUGGCGACGAUGGUGACCACGAUGCAGACGAAGCCAAAUUCGAAAGUCAUGGCCUAAAGGGCGCGAUGGAAAUUACGGAAGGUCUUCUCAAACGGGCUAGGAAUCGUUGGUCUAUGCAAAAGGUGGCGGGACAGGAAUGGGUCACUGGUGGAAUUCAAGUUGAAGGUGGUAUCCGGUUUAGAGAAGAAGAGGAAGGCGAGGAAGUAUUAUGA